GAACACUUAUUUCCCCUUUCAGCUAGCUGGAAGCUUGCACAAAAGGCUCAACAAAAAAAAGUGAAAGGAAGGGGGCAGUAUUUCCCACGGCUGCUGCUGUAGAGCACCCUGGCUGUGUUGUUUUGGGAGCGAGCAAGCGGGCGCGCGCUGUUGACGGGGUACUUGAGCUGCAGGUUUGCGAUCUCUCAUCACGGACCUUGUCUUGUCUGCCAGAGAAAGUCAACAACAAAUGAGUCGUUGAGGGAAGACGAAAACAGUGAGGAAGAGGAUGGUGAGCAGCCAACCGAAGUAUGAGCUGAUCCAGGAGGUAGGGCGUGGCAGCUACGGCGUGGUGUACGAGGCGCUGGUGAAACGCACCGGGGCCCGGAUGGCCGUGAAGAAGAUCCGCUGCCACAGCCCAGAGAAUGUAGAGCUGGCCCUCAGGGAAUUCUGGGCCCUGAGCAGUAUCCAGAGCCAGCACCCCAACGUCAUCCACCUGGAGGAGUGUGUCCUGCAGAGAGAUGACCUGGCUCAGAGGAUGAGCCACGGGUCCAGCUCCCCACUCUACCUAGAGCUGGUGGAGACAUCUCUGAAGGGAGAGAUAACCUUCGACCCGUGCUGUGCCUACUAUCUGUGGUUCGUCAUGGACUUCUGUGACGGAGGAGAUAUGAACGCUUACUUGCUGUCCCGUAAACCCAGCCGCAAGACCAACACCAGCUUCAUGCUGCAGUUAGGAAGUGCCCUGGCCUUCCUGCACCGAAACCAGAUCAUCCACCGAGAUCUGAAGCCUGACAACAUCCUCAUCUCCCAGGGAAGGACCUUUGCGGGAACCCCCGAGCCCACACUGAAGGUGGCAGACUUCGGGCUGUCAAAGGUCUGCUCCACGUCGGGCCUCAACCCUGAGGAACCAGCCUCCGUCAACAAGUGUUUCCUCUCCACAGCGUGCGGCACGGACUUCUACAUGGCUCCAGAGGUGUGGGAGGGCCACUACACGGCUAAAGCAGACAUCUUUGCCCUGGGUAUCAUCAUCUGGGCCAUGGUGGAGCGGAUCACGUUCGUUGACGUGGAGACCCAGAAGGAGCUCCUGGGAAGCUACGUGCAGCAGGGGGAGGAGAUCGUGCCCCUCGGGGAGGCGCUCCUGGAGAACCCCAAGAUGGAGCUGCUGAUCCCGGCCAGGAUGAAGAGCAUGAACGCAGGCAUGAAACAGCUGAUCCGGGAGAUGCUCUCGUUCAACCCUCAGGAGAGACCUGACGCCUUUGAACUGGAGCUCCGACUGGUCAGGAUCGCCUGCAGAGAGCUCGACUGGGACACGUGAUAAUUGAUGUGGAUAGGAGGAGAGCAGACCAUGGGACUUGUAGUCACAACAUCAAGCACUUGUAUCUAGUCCUAAUUCACCACUGUUAGCUCUGGUGGUCGAGGCCACACAAUGGGAGUGUUUAAAAAUAAUAAAAUAAUAAAAAAAUUAAGGGGACAAUUCAAACGUUGCAAAGAUUUUGGCUUUGCAGUUGGAUAUUGGUUUAGAUGUAGGACUACUGGUAAACCUAGCUCAACGGGUUGAUAGCCAGGCUGUAAACAUGUUUGUUUUGAAUGUUAACAGAGCAAGGCUGUCCAUAAGCACAUUCAGCUGUUUGUCUCUCAGAAGGAGAGGUGUUGCUAGCCACCCCAGUGGUUUAGGCUAACCUGUUAACUGUAACUCUAACUCUAUAGUUGUUUGCCUACAAAUUUCACCCCAGUCUCGGUGCUAAUAAUCGUACUUCGGAUGCAAUUUAUGAAACAGGGAGACCGCAUCCCGUGUAGAUAUGAUGCAAUUAAAUUCCAAUUUAGACACGCCUCAGUGAUCGUAAACUGUGCACGGCUGGUUUUACCAGUAUUCUGUGACCACACUCUGCUCCUCCCCAUCAACACACACACACACUUCCCACUGCUCAGGUAAAAUCGAAGAUAUACUGUUGGUUGGGAUUUGUAGACAACCAGCUGUUUGAAGAAACAUAUCACACAGGACAGUAUUCUGAGCUGGCCCUGAGCCAACUAUGGGAUCAGGCUAAGUCUUGGUAUCCCAGCCCAGACAUAACCUAGCAUAACCUCCAGCCCAGACAUAACCUAGCAUAACCUCCAGCCCAGACAUAACCUAGCAUAACCCCAGCCCAGACAUAACCUAGCAUAACCUCCAGCCCAGACAUAACCUAGCAUAACCCCAGCCCAGACAUAACCUAGCAUAACCUCCAGCCCAGACAUAACCUAGCAUAACCUCCAGCCCAGACAUAACCUAGCAUAACCUCCAGCCCAGACAUAACCUAGCAUAACCUCCAGCCCAGACAUAACCUAGCAUAACCUCCAGCCCAGACAUAACCUAGCAUAACCUCCAGCCCAGACAUAACCUAGCAUAACCUCCAGCCCAGACAUAACCUAGCAUAACCUCCAGCCCAGACAUAACCU